AAAAAAAUUUUCUGUCUUUCUCUCUCUACAGGGGAAAUAUGGAUUAGUGAGAAGAAGAAGGAGCAACACAAGAGAGAGAAGGGGGUUUCAAUUUCAUCAACCCCCCCACCCCCCUUUGGAACCCCAAAAACAAAACAUUUUAAAUUAAAAUCCUUUGAAAAUCCCCACAAACCCCACCAGAUGGAACUUACAGAUUUGCAAACCAAUAAACCAAACAACAACAACACCACCACAAACGCCAAUUCCUCAGAAUCCCACAUCCUCCACCACCACCACCACCACCAUCAGCAAAAGCCUCCGCCUCCUCCCCACUCCUCUUCUCAGUUCCUGCUUCCUAAUUUCGAUGGCAGAUCCUCACAGAAUCCUUUCGCCGUGCCUUCUAUCCAUCAUCUUCAUCCUGUUUCUUCAACAGGAACCUCCUCUUCCUCUUCCAAUUCUUCUUCCUCGUCUACCUCUCCUGCUUCCGCCGCUGCUGCCGCCGCUGUUGACGCGUCACUUGCUAUCGCCACCAGAUCUACCUCUCUGAACACCGAUUCUACCAAAAAGUCUCAGUCCAACUUGCCGAUUACACCCGCGACGACGACAGCGGGGACUGCAACGGCGAACCCGCCAGUGAAGCGGUCCACAAAGGACAGACACACGAAGGUCGAUGGACGCGGGCGGCGUAUCAGAAUGCCGGCCACGUGUGCAGCUAGGGUUUUCCAAUUGACGAGGGAAUUAGGCCAUAAAUCUGAUGGAGAGACGAUUGAGUGGCUUUUACAGCAGGCGGAACCGGCCAUAAUUGCAACCACCGGAACAGGUACUAUCCCGGCCAAUUUCUCGACGCUCAACGUUUCCCUGAGGAGCAGUGGAUCCACGCUCUCCGCUCCCCCUUCUAAAUCCGCUCCUCACGCGUUUCAUGGCGCGUUAGCUUUGGCUCACCAUCCUCAUACUCACUACGAAGAAGGGUUUCCCUCACACAGUGCUUUGUUGGGUUUUCACCACCAGCACCAGCAUCAGCAUCUGUUGACGGCGGAUCAAAUAGCAGAAACGCUACCUGGUGGCGGGGGUGGCAGUGGAGAUACUGGGGGAGGCGGCGGAGAUUCAAGUGAUAAUUAUAUGAGGAAACGCUUCAGAGAGGAUUUAUUUAAGGAAGAGAAUCAACAGCAGGGCGAAAGCAGCGGCGCCGGAGGUGGUGACGGGUCGCCUAUCAAGGCAUUUAAAGCUGGUUUAGGGCAUUUACAAAAACCGCAACAUGAGCCCGGUUCUUCGGGCUUGCUUCGUCCAUCAAAUAUUCUCCCCAGCGCCGCCAUGUGGGCAGUGGCACCAGCACCGAACAGUGGAGCCGGCAACACAUUCUGGAUGCUACCUGUGACAGCUGGAGCCAGUGGCGCUGGCGGCUCAUCUAUAGCCACGCCCGCUUCCGGGGCUGGUCCGUCCGAGACACAGAUGUGGCCGUUCGGAACCGCAACACCAACAAGCGGAAACACAAUACAGGCGCCACUGCAUUUCAUGUCGAGAUUUAAUCUGCCAGGGAAUAUUGAUUUCCAGGGCGGGAGAGGGAAUCCCCUACAAUUGGGUUCAAUGUUAAUGCAGCAGCAACCGUCACAGCAUCUGGGGUUGGGAAUGCCGGAGUCAAAUUUGGGAAUGAUGGCGGCGUUAAACGCCUACUGUAGAGGCAUUCCGAACAUAAAUUCCGAGCAAAAUAAUCCAGUGCAGCAGCAUCAUCAGCACCAGCCUCAGGGUACAGAUAGUGGAGAUGAAGACCCAAACAGCUCUUAGUGAUAAAACUUGGUAAAAAAAAAAAAAAUAGAGUUGCUUAUGAUUCCAAUAUGUGAAAUUUUGAUGCAUUUGAUUUUCUCUUUUUUAUAUAUAUAUCUUUUUCAAAUUUUAUUACAAGGAGGGGGGACUAGAGAUUGCUGGGUUUGUUUGCGCAGAUUUGGAAGAUGAAUUUGUGGUGAGAGUUUAAGUGCAUGAAUAUUGAAAAUUCAAUGGAAACGUGGAAUAUCAUCUUGGAGAUGGGUUUCUUUAGGUACCAUUCUAUUUUUAUUUUGUGGGUUUAUUUUUAUUUUGGAUUUUUUUAAUUUUCUAGCUAGAGUGAGAUGGAGGAGUUUGGUAUAUGUAAUUUUAGUUAUUGUCCAAAUGGACUGACAAGGAAGUAAGAAAGUGAGAGAGAUUGUAUAGGAGGAUAAUUUGUUCCUAUUUUAGUAAAACUAUUAUUAUUUGCUUUGUGUGUAUGAUGAAUUUGGAAAACUAAAAAAAGAAAGAGUUA